GUCCUCUGUCACGUCACCUGUCACAAAGUAAUUGACCGCUCAGGCUCUGGGGAUACGGUAGAAACAUUGUGCUACAGUACUAGUAUGGCUGCCAGUCCGUCGCUGGUCUCUCUCACCAGAGACAAAGACUCUACACGGCCAGAAUCACUCGAGAACCAAGUCAAAGGAGAACCGCUCCGAGUGAGACUGGAAAGCUGGGCAAGCAAGCUACCAGGGAUUUAAGCACAAAGGGGACCGCAUGCCCCUCCAGCCAGGGACUCCACAGGCGAAAGGGAUUCUACCGCAGGAGGCUGCUGAAGCUGAAGCUGCAGAGACAAGGCACCGUAUUUCAGCCAGCCGAUGACACGUCUCCCGGUGUCUGAGUCGGCCGUACACAAAGAUGUGCGUGUGUCCUUUACUUGCGGGCGAUUACGAGGAGGGCGGCGGGGCGAGGGCCAGUGGUACGCUUGUAGAGUUUGUCCACCGCCGUGAAGCAACUUGAUGGAGAGAGGGAGCAGGUGUGCAUAGAGAUGGGGGAGAUGUUCGUGAAGAUAGACUCGAGAGAGAUCGAACAGGAUCAUUGGAGCGGCGUCCCACAGAGCCGGAGAAACGACCUUUGAAGGGAAAGGAAGAGGGGGAGGGGGAGCAAACGGCGUCGCUGGAGCCAGAUAUCCGUCCACAAGUCCAAGCCGCAGUCCUCGUCUUCGAAAUUCGAACGCUUUGAGUCUGACGACAUAUGAUCCAGCGCUGCCCCAUCCCACCUCGAUCAGAGAAUUUAAGAACCCCGAGCAGCCGAGUCCGAUGGGAACGUAGACCGUGAGAAUGUGACGACGAUGAUUGGCAAUAACCUGCGGGGCGAUCCGAGAAUUGGCAUCUUGGGUGUGCUCGACGGGCUAUCGAUUGAUCGCUGCCGUGCAUACCACUCCG